AUCUCUUCUCUGAAAACUCGGACAACUUUUCCCUUUUCUUUUAUCCCCUCAUUUUUUGCUGUAUUCACUAAAAAAUAUGAAACAACUCCUAGAAAAUACCAAAACUAACAAACUUGUUUCAUUGGUGAUAUGCUUAUUAGUUCUCACAACCCUCUUAAGCACCUUAGCUCUUUACUCUCCAAUCUCUUCCACCAUCAUCAGAAUAGUGCAAAUCUACCCAACAAAUCCUCGAAUUCACCCUCUAAAAGAUGAUUAUGCAAAGUGUGAUUUAUUCAAAGGACAAUGGGUUGAAGACUCAAAAGGUCCUCUUUACACAAAUACAACUUGCUCAACAAUUCCAACAUCAAAAGAUUGUUUCUUGCAUGGGAGAAAUGACAAGGAGUUCUUAUAUUGGAGAUGGAAGCCGCAUAGAUGUCAACUGGCAAGAUUCGAACCCAUGACCUUUUUUCAAAUAAUGCGCAAUAAGAGACUUGCAUUUAUAGGAGAUUCAGUUGCUAGAAACCAAGUAGAGUCUCUUUUAUGCCUCUUAUCCCAAGAAGAAGCUCCAAUUGAUGUGUACAAAGAUGCCAAAGAUCGAUCUCGAACAUGGUUCUUCCCUAAGAGUAAUUUCACUCUUAUGGUGUUAUGGACUAGGUUUUUAGUUAAGGGUGUUGAAAAAGAGGUUGGAGUGUUUGAUUUGGAACUUGAUCAAGUGGAUGAAAAAUGGAGUUAUGAUGUGAAUCAAGGGUUAGUGGAUUAUGCCAUUGUUUCAAGUGCUCAAUGGUAUUUUAAGAAGAAAUAUUUGUAUGAAGGAGGGAAAUUGGUUGGAUGUCUAUAUUGCAAUGAAACCAAUUUGACUGAAUUUAAAGUGAGUUUUGCUAUUGGGAAGGCUUUUCAAACUACACUCAGGUACAUAAAUGGGUGCAAGAAAUGCAAGGGCAUGGUAACCUUGGUUAGGACAAUCUCACCAUCACAUUUUGAGAACGGGACAUGGAGAAACGGAGGCCAUUGUGACAGAUCAAAACCUUAUAGCAAAGUAGAGGUAGAAAAUAUGUUGGCAACAAACAAAAACAAUGUAGAAUGGGAGGUUAGAAACAUUCAAAUGGACGAAAUCGAGCGAGUAAAGAAACAAGGAAGCAUCAAAGGACAACAAAAAUUUGAAGCCAUGGACAUAACUAAGGUAAUGUUAAUGAGGCCCGACGGGCACCCGGGUUCACACUGGCGUGACAAGAAGAAGAAAGGGUUCAAUGAUUGUGUGCAUUGGUGCAUGCCUGGGCCUAUUGAUGUGUGGAAUGAUCUCUUGUUGGCUUUACUUAGGAAACCUGUAUUGUAGAGCGUAAUGGUUAGUUAAUUAGGUUGAGAUCUUACAUAUUAGGUAAAACACAAAGUUUGUCAUUGUGUUUCAUAUCUUAUGUAUAAGGUUUAAUUUUGUACAGGU